AUGUGCAAGAUUGGGAUUAAUGCUGGCAAUUCGGUUCACAACGACAACAAGCUGGCUGAGCAAGAGAUUGGCCUAAAAGAAAGUGAAAAUGAUAACCAUUACGUGGAAUACAAAAUGGGAUUUCAAGUCACACCCAUCAAAGGGUCCAAAGAUAAAGAGCUUGUUGAUGAAAACUUAGUUGUUUCUAGUCCAAGCAAAAUUAUGCAGCAAAUUGCAGGCAACAACGAGUGUCCAUCUCUUGCAGAUUUUGAUGAGAUACAUCCACCAGGUGGAAGCCAAGCAGUGAUUCUCUACACCACAAGCAUGAGAGGCAUAAGAAAAACCUUUCAAGACUGCAACACUGUGCGCUUUUUGCUAAGAAGCUUCAAGAUAAUAUAUCAUGAGAGGGAUGUUUCGAUGCACUUGGAGUACAGAGAGGAAUUGUGGAAGAUAUUGGGUGGCAAAGUGAUCCCUCCGAGACUUUUCAUCAAGGGAAGAUACAUUGGAGGAGCUGAUGAAGUUGUAGGAUUGCAUGAGAUGGGUUGGCUUGGAAAGCUCUUGGAAGGAACACCAAUUGACUUUGUUGAUGCUUCUUGCAAUGGUUGUGCCUGUACGAGGUUUGUUAUUUGCUACAGUUGCAAUGGUAGUUGCAAAGUUUUCACCACCUAUGGUGACAACAAAAAUGAAUGCUUCAUCAGGUGUCUUGAAUGCAACGAGAAUGGGCUUGUUAAAUGUCCUAUUUGCUACUAG